UUGACCAAUCAAGUUCAUUUCGUUUAAAUUAGAUCGACUGAUACAAUUCUCUACGAUAAAAACUGUGGUUCAUUCAAAAUGUACUUACGACAACUUCAGUACCAAGUGUCACAGUUGCUAUAUAGAAAACGCUGACAUUGAUUCAACACAGUCGGUAAAUUCUCAUUUUGCUAAUCCUGCAAAAAUAAUGGUGGCGAUUUGACAAUUCACCAUAAUUACGACCAACAUUCAGCAAAUUGAACUUUAGUCAAAAAACACCUCUAGCGAUACAUAAAAUGCGUAACAAACCACGCAAAACACGUAUUCUUCAUGAAAAAUGAAUCCCUAAAGGUUUUCUACCGACUGUGUUUAUUUUGCCAUACAUAAAAAAACCAUAGCGGCGACUCGUCAUUUUACAACACUUCUGUUUUGGUUUGCCGACGUUAAAUUGUGGGAGUUUAAGAGGUCGAUACACGAAAGUAGCAGUUCAGUUGAUAUCGCGACUAUGGAUAAUGCAGACGGUUCAAAAUGUUCGGUGAUACCGCAGCGUGUCGGAGUUUCAUUCAUGAGUUUCUUAGCGGUUGUUGUGACAUUUUCGAUGCGAAUGUGUUUGUCGGUAGCAAUUACUGAAAUGGUUGAGCCAUUGAAUAGUAUAGAAAGUAGUAAUGAAUCGACCAUUUGCUCAAUGAAUUCGCCGUUUAUUCAAAGUAGUAGCAGUGCUGUGAAAAUGAGUAGCAUCCGAUAUAACUGGACACAAGAGCAACAGGGAUGGAUUUUAUCAUCAUUUUUCGUUGGCUAUUUAAUAACACACAUUCCCGGAGCUCUUCUCGCACAAAAAUUUGGUGGGAAAUGGACGCUAGGAUUAGGCGUUUUGGCCAUGACUAUUUGCAAUGCAGCCACACCGAUAGUUUUACAUUAUGGCGGUUAUAUAGCUUUGAUAAUAUUACGAGCAAUGAUGGGAUUAGGAAAUGGUACCUACGUUUUGUAUAACAAUUGCACAAAAACAUGUGUAUAUAUUUGAAAAAAAAUCUUAAUGCAUGUUCCCUCUA